AUGGAAACGUCAAGACUGGCUCAAUUAAAGGUGGAAAUGUUUAGAUAUCGAGUAAAAGUUAUGGGUGUAUGUGAAGUCAGGUGGGCUGGUAGCGGCGAAAUAAUCACGAAAAAUGCUAGUCAAAUGUUAUACUCGGGGAAUGAUCAGGGAGGUAGUAAUGGAGUUGCAAUAUUGUUAGAUAAAACCAUUAGAAAAUCCUUAAUAAAUUGGAAACCAGUUUCUGAUAGAAUCAUAACGGCUAAAUUACACCCCAGACUAAGAAAGAUGACGGUGGUUCAGUGUUAUGCCCCCACUGAAACCUCAGAUGACGAGGCUAAGGAUGAAUUCUACUACCAACUAAGUAACUUGGUACAAGAGACUAGUACAUUACCCAGUAAUGUAGUGGGUCCAUUUGGCUAUGGCACUUUGACCAACAAUGGCAGACGUCUCAUCGAAAUAUGUACAGAGCACAACUUGGCAAUUGGUGGAACAUUGUUCCCCCAUAAAGACAUUCAUAAAUACACAUGGGAAUCACCAAAUGGCCAAACCAGAAAUCAAAUCGACCAUAUCUGCAUCAGCAACAAAUGGCAAUCCCUACUAGACGUGAGAAAUCGUAGGGGUGUUGAUAUCCACAGCGAUCAUGUGCUUCUUACUGGUGAUAUAAGAUUAAGACCAUCUUCGAUCCACGAUAGACUUAACAAGAGAAUGUGA